AUGGUUUUAUUUCGAAAUUCUAGUAAUUUAAAACCCUACGAUGGUGACACGCCUCGUCUUUUACGUAUGACUCCUCUUCAUCAUAGUUUAAGAGUAUCGAAAACAAAAAUCGAUAAUGAUGUUGAUAAUGAUGUUAUCAAAGAAGAAGAUGAUGCCGGAAGUGAUGCUGGAAGUACUGCAUCAGCACCGGGUUAUACCGGUAGUAAGGUAGACGUAUAA